GUCCAAUUUGUAAUUCGGUGUUUGACAGAUGAUCUGUGCUGUACGCUGUGUCGGAUGAGGGACUGACCAGCGGUCACACCAUGACAAGUGACAGAUGUUCUAUCUUGUCGGCAUUCCUGCUCGCAGUCUCGUUGGUCACUUCACGUGCAGGGAACCACUACACAGAAUGUACAUCGGCUGCAGGUUCCACUGCUCACAACUUCACCUUUUUAGACACGCACGGCAGGACGUUGAGACGUGUGGAUGACGUCAUCGGAGCGAAGCUUGGUCUAGUGGUCAAUGUGGCCUCAUUCUGUCGUUUGACCAGGCAGUACUGGGAGUUGAACCAGAUGUUAGAAGCCUUGAGUCAGGACCUGGCCGUCCUGGCCUUUCCCUGCAACCAAUUCGGUCACCAGGAGCCCGGGGUCAACGGCACGGAGGUCAUGAACACGCUGACCCAUGUCCGACCCGGACACGGGUUCGUCCCCCACCCGAGUCUGUUCAUCGCCAACAGGGUGGACGUCAACGGGCGACACGAGCUUCCGCUGUUCAGGUUCCUGAAGGCAUCGUGCCCAGCCCCCAGCAAGACAGCGUACAACAAGACAGAAAGCUCCUGGGACCCCAUCAAGUUAAACGACGUGUCGUGGAAUUUUGAAAAGUUCAUCAUCUCCCGCCAGGGAGCGCCCCUCUACAGGUUCCGGCCAGAUGUGCGUCCCGCUGACCUCGCCCCGAUUGUCGCCAUAUUAGCGGGGGGCGCUGCUGCUGAGGACCAGAAGCUGGAGCCCCUACUUCGUGACCUUGACCGGAAGUACGAUAGUUAGUCGGACAGACAUGAAGUGCUCAAGGUUACGAGACUUAAGGUCUUAGAUGUGUGAAGACGAUUACAGCAAACAGCCCAAUGGCAUUAACAUUCGAUGUGCACUAGUCUAGAACCUAAAAGACAUGGGCGCUUUCAUCAAAAUCUGCAAGCAAUUGAAUGAAUUAAGACUAACUCUUUUAAAAUAAAUUUUUAAGAAAG